AAAAAGGAAGGUUUUCCAACAGGUAGACAAGCAGUUCAGCUCCAAGAGCAUCACCAGCAGCGGCAGCAGCAGCAUCGCCUCAAGUGACAACACCUGGCAAAGAUGAACCCCAGCAACAUGGGCAUGAUGAACAAGAUCAUCUUCUACGAGGAGAGGAACUUCCAGGGCCGCUCCUAUGAGUGCAUGAGCGACUGCCCGGACAUGUCCUCCUACCUGAACCGCUGUCACUCCUGCAGGGUGGAGAGUGGCUGCUUCAUGGUCUACGACCGCACCAACUUCAUGGGAAACCAGUACUUCAUGAGGAGAGGCGAGUAUGCCGACUACAUGAGCAUGAUGGGCAUGAGCGACUGCAUCAGGUCCUGCCGCAUGAUCCCCAUGCACAGAGGUUCCUACAGGAUGAGGAUCUAUGAGAGGGAGAACUUCAUGGGGCAGAUGUACGAGAUGAUGGAGGACUGCGAGAACAUCAUGGACCGCUUCAGCAUGUCCAACUGCAUGUCCUGCAACGUGAUGGAGGGCCACUGGCUGAUGUACGAGCAGCCCCACUUCAGAGGAAGGAUGAUGUACAUGAGGCCCGGAGAGUACAGGAGCUUCAUGAGCAUGGGCAUGGGCAUGAGCGGCAUGAGGUUCAUGAGCAUGAGGCGCAUCAUGGAUUCCUGCUACUAGACAAUGACUCAUCACGGUGCAGCAAUUAGUUUCUAAACCAACUCUUGAAAAUUAGUGACUAACCAAUUCAUCUACUGCAGUAUACACUGGAUGUUGAAAAAGACUGACAACCACUGUAUGCGUUGAAUAAUAACAGCAAACAUAAACCCAAAUAAAGUACCUGCUUCGUUGUAAAACU